AUGGACUCUCUUGAGUCUAACAAUAUGUGGCACUUAGUUGAUUUACCUCCUAGUUGUAAGUGGAUUUUGAAAAAGAAAUUGAAACCCGAUGGUACUGUUGAUAAGUACAAGGCUCGCUUGUUGUACACCAAAUGGAUGUGUAAGACUGCCUUUUUGAAUGGUGAAUUAGAAGAGGAGAUCUAUAUGAAUCAACCUGAAGGGUUUGUGAUCCAUGGCCAGGAACAUAAGUUUGACUAUGCGAGCAUCAUUGGCAGUCUUCGAUAUGCCACUGAUUGUAUGAGACCCGACAUUGCUUAUGUUGUGGGAUUAUUGUGCAAGUUUACUAGUAGACCUAGUAUAGAGCAUUGGCAUGCUAUUGAAAGGGUCAUGAGAUACCUCAAGAGAACCAUGAACCUUGGAUUACAUUAUCAGAAGUUUCCAACUGUUCUUGAAGGAUAUAGUCAUGCAGACUGGAACACUUUGUCAGAUGACUCCAAAGCAAAAAGUGGCUAUAUCUUUAGUAUAGCUGGUGGAACUGUUUCUUGGAAAUCUAAGAAACAGACUAUUUUGGCACAAUCCACCAUGGAGUCUGAAAUGAUAGCACUGGCUACAGCUAGUGAAGAAGUAGGUUAG